GGCCGUUUUGUUUGGGAUUCGGCGCGACUGCAACAGACAUGCCCAUCUCCAAGUAACCAACGAAAAAACGAAUAAUUGUAUUUUAAAGAACGAAAAGGAAAAACAGAACUUUUGAACUAAAACUGCACCACCAAACGCAUAAAACGACAACUACGAAGAGACCUAUCAUCAUAUCAUGUGACCCUGACAUCUUUAUUCCUCUUUCUCCAUUUCUCCUGCAAACCCUAGCAAUCUUUCUUUGUGAUUCGAGCUUUUAGGUAAUCAUCUUUUGGCGAAAGGGGAGAAUCUUUGUCUAGAGAGAGAGAGAGAGAGAGAGAGAGAGGACUUGUGGUUAUUGCACCUCUUUCUCUCUCAAUUGAAUUGUACGAGUGAGAAUUAUUUAUGAAAUGCUAAAAUUUUGAGGAUUUUGGGAUAUAAAAUAUAAAUAUAUGUUUCAGAAUUCAAUUGGUAUUAAUUUUAAUCUUAAUAAGAGUGGUACUACACAGAAGAAGAGGCUGCUUAAUGCGCCAAAGCCAUGCCAGGCUAAAAAAAUUCAGCCCAUUGCCAUGUUGGAUACUGUUCAAGAAAUUGCUAUUUACAUACAUAGGUUUCACAAUCUUGACCUUUUCCAGCAGGGAUGGUAUCAAAUUAAGAUCAGUGUGAGAUGGGAAGAUAGUGAGUAUACUUCUGUUGGAACUCCUGCAAGGGUUGUCCAAUAUGACUCUCAUGACUUGGGUUCUGAUAACACGUAUGGAGUAUGGAGGAUUGAUGAUACAGACAACAGUUUCUCCACGCAACCUUUUCGAAUUAAAUACGCCAAGCAAGAUAUUUGUCUAUCUAUCAUGAUCUCAUUCAAUCUAUCCCUUAGUGGACAUAUGGGUCCAUCUACAUCUGCUGUUAUUUUGAAAUUUGAGCUCUUGCAAGCUCCGAUAACGGAGAAUCAACUUGAGUUGCUGGCUUAUCUAGAUGCUUCCUCUGUUGCAGUCCAUGAAUUUCGAAUUCCCCCUAAAGCCCUUUUGGGAUUGCAUUCAUAUUGCCCCGUCCAUUUUGAUGCUUUUCAUGCUGUGCUAGUCGAUCUAACUGUUCAUAUCAGUCUACUGAAGGCCGGCUCAUACAUGAAGGUACCCAGUAAUUACAGUUAUUCAUGCAUCCCUGAAGAUAUUGCUCGCCAACGGAUUGAUGGGUUCAAUACAACAUUAGGUUCAAUGGCUUCUGUAGAAAUGAAACAGAUUAUGCUUGUUAAAGCACUGUUAGUUGCUCGGGAAACACUGCUUGAAGAGCUACAAAAAUUUAGCAAAGCUAUUGAGCAAGCUAUUGAUUUAACUGAUUUUACUUCAAAAAUGGAUGAUGUGGAGAUGCUUGAUUCUAUCAUGGGGUCAAAUCUGGGUACCGCAGAUGGUGAAGUUUCCGGACAAGGCAAGCCACAAAAUGUUCUUGAGAAAGCAAAUGGCGGUGUAUAUUUUCGAAGUGAUGUGUUGCAAUGCAUAAUGUCAGAGGCUGCUGCAGUGAACAUUUUUCAUUCCCUUGGUGCUCAGUUGUCAUACUUAUGGGGCGUUUUUCUGCAGUUUCACAGGGUAAACAGAACAAGAAUACUGGACUUUCUACGUAUGGCAUGGGCUAAGGAUCGAAGAGCUGAAUGGUCAAUAUGGAUAGUAUCCUCUAAGGUUGAGAUGCCUCAUCAUUACAUAAGUAGUCGAAAUGAUGAAUCUUCCAACUAUGCUGGCUCAAGAAGAGUUUUGACUUUCUGGAAGUUACCCGAUGAUCCUGCCCAAACUGCUGCUAUGCGUGCUGAGCUUCAUCGGCGAAGUAUUGCCCAAAUGAAGAUUAAUAAUCAAUCAAUUCAAGACAUGCAUAUUUUUGGAGAUCCUCUGCGCAUUCCUAUUAUAAUUGUGGAACGCGUCAUGAAUGCACCGCGGCGUACCUUAAGUGAAAAUUCUUACUUCACAAAUUUGGACCUAAUAGACUCGCCUAGUUUACACACUCAACCCAGCAUGGAAGCUGGAAAGAGGCUUUCUGGCAAUAACCUGAAGCAAAAUGGUCAUGAGUUGAAGGUGGUUGUCUUCGUUCAUGGUUUUCAGGGACAUCAUCUGGAUUUACGACUUGUUCGAAAUCAAUGGCUUUUGGUAGACCCCAAGAUAGAGUUUCUCAUGUCAGAGGUAAAUGAAGACAAAACAUCUGGAGACUUCAGAGAAAUGGGACAGAGGUUGGCUCAGGAAGUUAUCUCUUUUCUUAAAAAGAAGAUGGAUAAAGUUUCUAGAUCCUGUAGCUUGAGAGGUAUCAAGCUUAGCUUUGUUGGGCAUUCAAUUGGAAAUAUAAUCAUAAGAACAGCAUUAGCAGAAAGCAUUAUGGAACCAUACCUUAGAUGCCUCUGCACGUAUGUAUCUAUUUCUGGCCCACACUUGGGUUACCUUUACAGUUCGAACUCUUUAUUUAACUCUGGGAUGUGGCUUUUGAAAAAGCUCAAGGGAUCACAGUGCAUUCAUCAGCUUACGUUUACUGAUGACCCAGAUCUUCGGAAAACUUUCAUGUACAGGCUUUGUGAGCAGAAGACACUUGAGAAUUUCAGGCAUAUUAUACUACUAUCUUCAGCCCAGGAUGGUUAUGUUCCACACCAUUCUGCCAGAAUUGAAUUGUGCCAGGCUGCUUCUUUGGACUACUCAAAAAAGGGUGCAGUAUUCCUAGAGAUGCUGAAUAACUGCCUAGACCAGAUACGAGCCCCGACCUCUGAGAAUCGUCUUUUCAUGCGUUGUGAUGUCAACUUCGAUACCUCCUCUUAUGGCAGGAGCUUUAAUGCACUCAUUGGGCGCGCUGCCCAUAUUGAGUUCUUGGAGUCUGACAUUUUUGCAAAGUUCAUAAUGUGGUCUUUCCCGGAAUUUUUCUGUUGAUUGCUAGAGAAGGCUGCUGUCUCUGCCUUCCGUCUUUUCUGGUGUGCAUUUGGCAGGUAAUCCCAAACCAUGUAUCUCUUGAGCAAUUGGAAACUGAGCCAGCAAACGCAUACUAGCCUGCACCCUUUUACAUUGGUAUGUGGUGUUUGCGGUCGGAGUGGAUUUAUGGGCUCGAAGCUUCUUUUACUAGAAGAAAGACAUGCCAAUUGUGAAUUUUGUCCUGAAUGACCUACAACAUUGUUGACUAGCAAGUUUGGUCAGGGUUUAGAUCCAAACCUGGAUAUGUUUAGAAGGAUCAGAAAUUAAUUUUCUCAGCAGCAAUAGUGGUGUAAUUAUUUUUAGUUAGAAUUGCCUAUUAUACAUUAUUAGGUUCAUCUAUUAUAGUUAUAUAGUUUAUUCCAGAUAGUAGGGUAAUGAAGGAAAUAGGAUCUAGCUUUGCAUUUUUCAUGUUGUAAACUUGUAUUAGUGGCUAAUAUAAGCAACUCUAAUAACUUCUUUUUAA